UGAAACACAGAACCCAGAGAUAUAGCUGAGAUAUUCCCUCCCGUCAAGAUAUUGUUCAGUAAUCAGUUGGUGUUCAGCGAUCAUAUUUGUUGCGUGUCGACAGCGAACGUUAUACUUCAACAGUGAAGGGAAUUUUGAAUUCGUUCUAAUAAUACUUCAGAUCUUAAAAUGGCUCGUACCAAGCAAACAGCUCGUAAAUCCACUGGAGGUAAAGCGCCAAGGAAACAGUUGGCUACCAAGGCUGCGAGAAAAUCGGCUCCUUCAACUGGAGGAGUGAAAAAACCCCACAGAUAUCGUCCAGGUACUGUCGCUCUUCGUGAAAUCAGAAGAUACCAAAAAUCCACUGAAUUGCUCAUCAGAAAACUGCCAUUCCAGCGUUUAGUGAGAGAAAUCGCACAAGAUUUCAAAACUGAUCUCCGUUUCCAAUCGGCAGCUAUUGGCGCUCUUCAAGAAGCCAGCGAAGCCUACUUGGUAGGUUUGUUUGAAGACACUAAUUUGUGUGCUAUCCAUGCCAAGCGUGUCACUAUUAUGCCCAAGGACAUCCAACUGGCCCGUAGAAUUCGUGGAGAAAGAGCCUAAGAAGUUGACUUAUUUAUACAAUCAUAUUACUAUGUUUUCUUACGAUUUGAAAUAUCCUGUCAACCUUCACAUUACAAAAUUUAUUUUGUAAACCAGAAAAUGUUCAUAAUUUUCUUUGAAUAUAAUAAUUAAGAUGAAAGGUGUUCACUUAAACGUAAUAUUUUUUUUUACUGACGGGAUUAUUGGAUGAAUGUUUUUAGUUAAGUUUUAUAGGUUAAUUUUGUGUAUUUAGUGAUGUAGAGCCAUGUAUUAAUAAAAAUUCUAAAUAUAUUAAAAUAUUUCUAUACUCUA